CCCAAAAUUUUCUACCGAAGUGAAGAAAUCUUGUUGAUCGAUAAUUUUCAGUAUUUUAGAAGAGAAUAAAAAUAAAUUGGUGCCGAGUUUGUUAUAUUACUACCGAUUAUAUACUGAUUUUUAUCCACUAAACUUGUUAAUGGUAUAAAUGAGUCUAUUUUGUUGUAAAGAGUGAAAUCCCGUUACCCAUAUUAUAUUUUUGCCACGUUUUGUGGGACUAUUUUGUUUUAAACUUGUGUAAAAUGCUUAGUUUUGUUUGAGAAGCAGAGUUAGUAUCAGUGAAUAGCAGCCAUGUCGAGCAUGUCGGACCGCAAGGCGGAGCUGGAGCGCAAGAAGGCGAAGCUCCAGGCUCUGCGCGAGGAGAAGGAUCGCCGCCGCCGGGAGAAGGAACAGAAAGAUGCGGAGGAGGCCCUGCAACGUGCAUCAGCGGCGUCCAGCCUGGACAGCAGGCGCGACCUGGACGAGAUGCUGUCAUCACUAGGAGUAGCUCCGGUCAAGGAUGUGCUCACGUCUCUGUCGUCAAUGUCCUCUCUCACUCCACCGCAGACUGCUUCGCCUGAUGCCAGUCUGCCACACACGGAUAAGUCAAGUUUACCUCCACAUGGCGGUCCGAAGAAGCCCCCAGCCCUGCAAGUGGUAUCAGUCCAGUCCACAGACAUUCCACCUAAGGAGAAUGUGACAUACGCUAAGCAGACCCAGACCACAGCCUCGGGGGUCAGCGAGCUGCGAGAUGGAUACAUGGAGGACUGGUGGCGGCCGCGCAAAGCACACGCAACCGACUACUACGAUGAGUACAAUCUAAACCCGGGUUUAGAGUGGGAGGACGAAUUCACAGUGCUUACAUUCGACGGCGACGGCGCGCGGCAAGGCGACGAAGAGGACGCGGCGUUCCACGGCAAGCUGCCCCCUGGCAUACUGCCGCAUGGCCUGCCCACCGUUAAGGAGGUGCAGCCGGCCGUCACUGCGGCGCCGCAGGAGAAAAAGGAUGAGGAAAAGGAGAAGAAAGUUCGCGAGCUGAGCGUAGACGAGAAGCAGACGAUCAUGCUGUCGGCGGAGUUCCAGCGCUUCAUGUCGAAGGCGGGCCGCGUCAUCGAGCGAGCGCUCGCCGAGUCCGUCGACAUCUACACCGACUACACCGGCGGCGGAGACGCAGAGAAUGCACUAGACGACAAAUCAGAUGCACGUCUAUCACUAGUCCGCACGUUCUACGACGAACGCUGGUCUCGCGGGCGCUGCGUCACCUGCCUCGACUGGUCGGCCGCGCAUCCCGAGCUCAUGCUGGCCUCCUACCACAACAGCGACGACGCCCCCCACGACCCUGACGGCGUCUGCCUCGUGUGGAACACCAAGUUCAAGAAGACCACUCCUGAGGAUAUCUUCCACUGCCAGUCGCCGGUUAUGAGUGCUACUUUUGCCAGGUUCCACCCUAACCUGAUCCUGGGCGGCACAUACUCCGGCCAGAUCGUGCUGUGGGACAAUCGCGUGCAGAAGCGAACGCCCAUACAACGCACACCGCUCUCUUCACUUGCUCAUACCCAUCCCGUCUACUGCCUCUCAGUAGUAGGCAGCCAGAACGCCCACAACCUGAUCUCCGUAUCCACUGAUGGACGCAUGUGUUCCUGGUCUCUGGACAUGCUGUCCCAGCCCCAGGAGACACUAGACCUUCAGCAUCGGCAGAGCAAGGCUGUGGCCGUCACUGCCAUGGGCUUCCCUCAUGGAGAUGUUAAUAACUUCGUGCUGGGCAGUGAAGAUGGAAAUAUUUAUACUGGCUGCCUGUACGGUCAGCGAGCAGGAGUGACAGAGUGCGUGGAAGGUCACGCAGGCCCCAUCACGGGCGUCUCGUGCCACGCCGCCGCCGGCUCCGUCGACCUGAGUCAUCUGUAUCUCACAUGCUCCAUGGAUUGGAGUGUCAAGCUGUGGAGCCAGAAGGAGAACAAGGCGCUGUACUCGUUCGAGGACAGCGGCGACUACGUGGUGGACGUGCGCUGGUCGCCCACGCACCCCGCGCUCUUCGCCGCCGCCGACGCCGCCGGACGCAUCGACCUCUGGAACCUCAACCGGGACACCGAGGUGCCAGUGGCGUCGAUCCAGGCGGAGGGUGGCGUGGCGUUCAACCGCGUGUCGUGGACGCCCUCCGGCACUCACAUCACUGCAGGGGACGACGCCGGCAAGAUAUGGGUCUACGAGCUCGCUGAGCACGUCUCUCAACCCCGUCACGACGAAUGGAGCAAGUUCGUCUACACACUACAAGAGCUGCGCAACAACCAAGCAGAUGAGGAGACAGACCGGCUGAGCCUCGCAGCCAGCGGGCCUUCCUCCCUCACCAGCCUCACCAGCCUGGCCAGCAACCCGCUCAGGUAACUGCUGCGCUGUCCCCUGUGAGUCGGAGCCUUGGAUAUGCUAGUGUGAUGUUGAUCACAAGGAAAUUGUAUGUGCUAAAGACCUUUGUAAGUAGCGAGAUGUGUAUCUAAGUAAAUGUAAGCUUUUUAUCCCAAAGUUACAGGGACAAAAGAGGUGUUUGGUGAUGCUUAAGGAGUGUAUAUUUUAUUAAAACUGCAUUUAUUCUUAUAAAAAUAUAGUUACCCAUCUCGCUACUUCUUAGGGACAAAAUGAAAUGUUACUGAUGUGGCUGUAAGAUUUUGUAUGAUGUGUCUUAUGAGAUUGAGAUUAUUGGCUGAUUUUUGUAUGGCUGGGACAUAUAACAGGUUUUGGAAAUAAUGUUCAAUAUUACAUUAACAUAUUCAAGUUGUUCAGAACUGAAUAGAUAUGAAUACAUGGUUGAACCAGUGUUAGGGUUGGCAAGAUAAAUGUUUAGUUGCAAUAUACAAAUAUGUGUCUAUAUUACUGCACUAUACAAACAUAGAUAGAAUAUUAUGUGCAUUGUUGAUACCUAGAACUUUGCUUACUUCAUAAGAGAAUAUUUACAUGGAUAAAUAGAUGAGUAUUUUAUCUUUCACUUUUAAAAUUAUACAGAUGCACACACGCGAGUCUAUGAAUCUGUUUAAUUAGCUGUCUACUCGCAUAUUACGUAAUAAAUAAAUAGUAAAUGUUGAAUGUUGUAACUAAACAUGUACAUUAUUUUGAAUAACAUCUCUCUUAUUUAGUUCGAAGAUAGCUAUGAAAGAUAGUAAUUUGAAUGUUAAAUAAUAUGUAUAUUAGAACUUACUGAAUAGAAGCAGCUGAACAAACCUUAUUUAUGUAAACUUUAGUUUCUUUGGCACAAAAUGAAGGUGACAAAUUAUAUAAAAAUCUGAUGAAUAAUUAAAACAUAUUCAAAUGUAUUAACAGAUUUAAAUUUGAUGUUACUGUAUGAUAAUUAGUAAUGAAUAUUAUGUACUUAAUGUACUCUAUAUGAUUUUAGUAUUCUUGUCACCUUCAUUUUGAAUUCUAUGCCUAAAGCAAUAAGGCAGUCUUUAUAGCUGUUUACAUAAAGACAUCUUGAGAAUGUAACAGAUAAAGCUAAGUUAGUUUAGUUUUGUGUUAUAUAACUUAGUUAUCUAUAUUCAUAUCGCUAAUAUUUAUUAAGUACAGGUACCUAUUUAUAGUAUUACUCAAAACUAAACAGAUAUUGCUUUAUUGUAAAAGUUAAAUCAAUUAAACAAUAAAUUGCUUAUAUAAAA